AUUUGGUGUUGGUGUACCGUAAACUGUUCCGAAGAUCCUGGAUCUUUGUUGCCCAGAAGCAGAGUGCGCCUUCCUUUGUUCAUAAAACCUAAAUCUACCGGUAUCUUUGCAACACACUACAGCUUUGUCUCUAUCAGUUUCCUCGGAAAUGGCUCCCUCCACUAUUCUUAUCACCGGUUCCAACUCUGGCCUCGGUUUCGAAUCCGCCCGUCAGUUUGCCGUGAAGGACUCCACGAAAAAGGUCAUCUUGGCAUGCCGCAAUCCGGCGAGAGCCGAAGAAGCACAAAAGAAAUUGGAAGAGCUUACUGGAAAGAAAAUCUUUGAAGUUCUAAUUAUUGAUGUGGGCAACUUGGAGUCUUGUCGCAAGGCUGCUGAGGAUCUCAAGGAGCCCGUGGAUGGAAUUAUUCUGAACGCCGGAGGCGCCGGUGGGAAAGAACCAAAGAAAGUCACGAAGGAUGGUGUCAUGUUCAUCUUCUCAAUCAACAACCUCGGUCAUGUGCUCUUUGUGGAUGAGCUUAUGAAAAAAGGCAAGCUUCAAAAGGGCGGGUCAGUCAUGUACGUCUCCAGUUUUGCCGCGAGGGGUGAAUCCUCGGUGGGUGCUGCACCUCCCCCGAUUGAGACGGGAGACUUGGAGGAAUUCAAAUCGGUAGCCGACGGCACCAAAUUCGCCAACAAUGAUACCUACACGGACAUUUACGGAGCCGUCAAACUCAUGGGAGCUUUGUGGACCAUGAGCAUGGCUCGAAAGCAUCCGGACUACCGUUUCCUGACUGUGGAUCCAGGCAUGGCGCGUGGUACACAAGGGGCGGCUGAAAUGCCAGUGGUGCAGAGGUAUUUUAUGAGCGCUGUCAUGGCAGUGAUGCAGUGGAUUGGCAAGGCACAUUCCGUGGAUGUAGGGGCCAAGCGUUACGUAGAUGUUCUGUCGGACGAAACUACUUACAAGUCGGGUGUCUGGUAUGGGAGCAAGAAGGGCCUGACGGGAGAGCUCGCCGACCAGGUGGAGCAAUGUGCAAUUCUUGGCAAAGAAUCUGCUCAGGACGCUGCCGAUGCCGCCACUCAUGCAUUUCUUUAGAUGCUGGACUGCAGUGGAUUCAUUCUGAUCAACGCUACAAAAUUUUUGGUGCCUGUCGUUGGUUACUGUCUGGUCCCUUCUUCUUCUCUUUUGAAUGUUUCUAAAGGACUUUGUCUCAAUUGACGCCGCGCAUUUCCUGUGUCAAUUAUAUUUUCCACACGAACCUUUUCCACUUCUACUGGGCUGGCCCCGGUGGUCUCUGAGCCUGUCUUUUCCAUGUAUCAGUAAUAGCAAGCAACUAGCCAAUUUUUUGGUAAACAUAGUUGUUGUGUAAUAUCCUAUCGGUAGUGAGUAUGGUACUUAGCAACAGGAAUGGGUACUGCCACUGAAUGCAGCACAGUUCCCUUACUGCCUA